UGUUCGUGCAAUCGUGAGCGCAGUCGCGGAAGUGCAUUCACAUCUCUUAAGAAAAAAUGGAUAAAUCCGGUCUAGCUAGUAGCCGUAUAUAUUCAUGUUAACCGGGCUUGACUUCGAAAUUCUUAUGCCAGUCUAAUAAAAAUUUUGUUAAGCGUUCCUUGAUAAAGAUUAACCACCACGAAUUGUCACUCAACUUUAGUCUUUGUGAAUUCUUUCAGUAACAAUUGAGCUAAUAUUGUUACUUUGCGACCCGCCAAGUGGGGACAGCUGUGUGUAGUGUAAAAAGCACUUUUGGUUGGACUUGGAUCAAAAAAUGUUAAUCAACUGGUCGAGUGGAAUUUGAACUUUCGUAGUAUUCGAAGAGAGGGAAAGUAGAAGGAGGAGAUACGAGAUAAUUAUAUGUACGAGAAAUAAUCGGCAAGCCAAUCGUGACGUGUUACUCAUUAUGUGAAGUCGGUGGAAUCGCUGAAGUGGGCUAGGUAAAUGCACUAUAGUGGUUAUCUAAAUUAUUCGCCGGACAAGUUCUUUUUGAGCAUAUAUAAGAAAGACAGUUUCUUAUCGUAAUGUUCGUUAGAGUUUUGCGUAGUGCCUUCACAGGGAGACAAAUUAAUUGGUAUGCACAAUCACAGCCAUUAAAGCAUAAUCAGUACUUGGGUAUUGGACAAAUGGCGCGUAUGUUAUCUUCUCAUCAUGUCUCAAAAAAUAUUGAAUUUCUUACACAAGACAAUGUAUCAUCCAAGAGUGUGGCGCGUAACGUGAAUGUGGUAAACAAUCGGCCUUUAUUAGUUAUCCUUACUUGGCUGUUAUCAAAGCGACGACAUGUUAUGAAGUUCGUUAAUUUGUACAUGGAGCAAGGUUUUGAUGUGGCUGUAGUGUCUCUUGCACCUUGGCAACUUAUGUGGCCCGCAAAGGGCUCCAGACUAGUUGCAGCAGAUUUAUUAACUUUUUUGAAACAAAAUGAAAAUUAUCAGCAAAUUUUGUUGCAUGGAUUUUCGGUAGGCGGUUACAUGUGGGGUGAGGCUUUAGAUUUAAUACAAAGCGACAAGGAGAAAUAUAGCAGUAUUACAGACAGAAUUGUUGGACAAGUGUGGGACAGUAUAGCUGAUGUUAUUGAAAUACCGAUAGGCUUUCCUCGCGCGGUAUUUCCCAAAAAUAUGAUGUUGCAAUCUAUGUUGCGAAAAUACAUAGAAUAUCAUAUGAAGACGUUCCAUGAGCAAUCAACACAGUACUAUAUUCGCUCUAGUCAAGUAUUUUAUACAGCGAACGUACGCGUACCAGCAUUAUUUUUUGUAAGCAAAACUGAUCCCGUUGGAACGGUAACUAGCAAUAUGAAUUUACGUGAUACUUGGGAAUCUCUAGGAGUAAAGACUUACGUGAAAAUAUUCGAAAAGUCGCCGCACGUUGCUCACUAUUAUAUUUAUCCUAAGGAAUACGUUGCCGAACUCUACGCCUUUUUGCAAAAAUUAAAUUUAAUACAAAACGAAGAAAAAAUCAAGGCACGUCUUUAAAUAUCACAGAGGCGCAUUAUCUUGUAUGUAAAUAUAUAUCGUAUUUUUUAUAUCACUA